GUAACGUAACAAAAUGUGGAAAAAGUCAAGGGGUCUGAAUACUUUCCGAAGGCACUGUAUAUGCAAAAAAAGUGGAAUCUCUAUUAAUAUUUACAAAGUAGGUUUUUAAGAGUGUUUGGUCACAAAGCAAAACAAGAUGUGAAUCUGCAAAGGGAGUGAGUGAAUUGAGAGUGAAUUAAUUGGAUUAAAUUGACAUUGCAUCAGAUUCACUGUAGGUAUGUCUGUGAUCAGUUUGUUAAAGGGAUGCGUGAUCUUUGUUUACGAAUGAGAAUAUAAUUCCUCUGUCUAUGUUGAAAUGUUGGGUAAAUUACAAGGUGGAUGAUGUUUGAGAAAUUUGUAACCAAUGUUAAGUUUUUUUUCUCAAUCUUUUUGGCACUAAUUGUACACUAAGUGUUAAUUCUUUACUACUGUAUGAGUAUGAGGGUCGUUCCACCAAUUGGGUGCCUUUUUGAGUAGUGUAACUUGGUAAAAAGUUAGUUUUGUUUGACCAAAUUUUUACAUUCUGUCAUAAAAAGCACAUGUUAAACUUAAUAAAAAUUAAUAAAUAACAUGUUUUCCCAUCUCAAUAGGUUGAAUUAAAAAAUAUGACAAUAGUAAGUGCCAUAUAAAAUAACAGGGUUGACUGUGACAGGGUUGACAAUUUCAUCUUAAAUCAGCCUUAAAUUAAAACAUUUCUAGCCUGUCAAUCGAUGGUUAACCGGGUUGAUGUGGUAUGCUCAACCCACUCAGUUUUCCACCACAGAAUACCAGAAAAUGGUACAACCAGUUCAACCGCUUUUACACUAGGGUAUGACUAAAAGAUUUUCAAUGUUUCUUUAAAAAUAUAUAGUUUCAUCAUAUUAAAACGAGAGUUCAGUUCACGUAACAGGGUUGAUCUUAAAAUGAGAGGCAGGUUUUGGGGGAUUUUUUUUACCUUAAAAGGAAUCACUAAUCACAUUGAAUAAAUAAUAAUCGCCAGAAAUAACUUAACUAGGGCUUUACAAUGAUGGUGAAACCUUGGAGAAAUGUUGGGGUUAAGUGGGUUGUUAUGUUAUUCCUGUUUGUCCUGUUCUCAACACAUGAACAUGUGCCUCUGCAGAAAUACCAAACUAGUUGAGCAAGUCAUGGCCAUAGAAAUAUUUCAUUCUAAUUCUAUGGUCAUAACAUCAUACUGUUCUGAUGACAUCAUAAUGAAUUUUAAUAAACCUGUUUAUGAUGUAAAUCAAAAUUCCUUGACCAGAACAGGGAGGUUUCAGGAAGGUCCUGCUACAUUUCACCAUAUCAUGAUGCAAGAGCAGGGGGACCAGCAGCUCUACAAAGCCCAGGAGGCCCAGCGUGUGGAGCGGGCCGUGCUGCUGGAAGCCAUCCAGGGCCUGGAGAUCGAGUUGUCUGUGUGCCAGCAGAGACAGAAGGACCUGCAGGACACUUUCUCCACAGCCCAGAGCCACUGGAGGGCCCAAGAGGAGCGGCUGCACCAUGAAGGUAACAAUGGCACUCAUCUUCAUCUAAAAUGUGUGUUUUAUAAUUUGGUGCAAUGUUUCCCAAUCUGUUUCUUGGGGAAGAUCCUAGAAUUUGCUGCAGUGUGUUUUAGCAGUGUGUGUGUGUGUGUGUGUGUAGUGUCCUCCCUUACCUGUUUGUUGGGAGACCACAGGCAGAUGACCGACAGUUUGAUUGAGACAGUCAAAACCGAGCAGAAGAAAGCAGCCAAUCAGUUUGCAGAGCGGAGCACGGAAAAGCCGGGCAAACAAGAUGAGAUGGUUGCUGAUGCUGCUGAAGGCAAGGGCUACAAUCAGAGCAGGCCCCGGCUGCAGCGCACCAUGAAGCUCCACUCCGACCUGCACCAGGCCUUAGAGGGCCUCCAGCUGCAGACACUAGCAUCACCCUCCCCAUCAUUAGACCCCAUGAGCUCCUACCAGGUCUCCGUCCAGCAGCUUCAGGAGGAGCUGCAGAGAGAGAAGGACCAAGUAUCGAGGCUGGUGGAGCGUCUGGAGAGGGCCGAGCAGAAGUCAGAGGAGCUGAGGCAGCAGCAGGAGCAAGAUGCCAAGGAAAGCUGGAACACUGUCCACCAAGAGAUGGAGACCAACCAGGAGAUGGGCGGCAUGGUGGAGCGGAUGAGGGGGAAGGUGCAGGAGGUUAGCGCCAUACUGCGACGCAAGAUAAGCUGGGGUGGAUGGGCUGGGAUGAAGGAUGAGGAGGAAGAAGAAGAGGAGGGGAAGCCUGCAAAUGCCCUUAACUCAGAGUGCGUAAACCAGUGUCAGACAAUGCACCCAGAUCCACAAAUGCUAGAACAGGCUCAAAGGAACCCAGAACUAGAACCAGAGAAGGGAGCCCAGGACCAGCACUCCUGCCUAGAGACGUUGCUGUGGAGGUGGCAGAAGACGCUGGGGGGACAGAGGGACAUUGUGAAGAGGCUGAAGGCCGACAUGAAGAGGGAGACAGAGAGCAUGCAGGUGAUGGCUGCCGGCCUCUUGAACAACAGACAGCACAGCCUGGACACAUGCCAGGUCCAAGCCCUUGAAGAGCACCUGGAUAUCUGGAGGCGGAGGCAGAGAGAGAUGAAAAUGCAGCUGUCUGAGAUGCAGACCCAGUUUGACAUGGAGCGGAACCGCUCUGCCGAGUUCCUGAAAGAGAAUGACAAGCUGAGUAGACUGCUUUGCACAGUGGAGUCCUCGGUGGCUGACCUGCAGCCCCUGCUCACCUACCACCAGGUCCUAGUAGAGGACGCCAUGAAGGACAACUCUAUACAACAUGGCCGCCACUGGAGCAAGAUGUAAAAAUAACUCUCAAAGACUGAUGAAUAAAAGUUGCCAAUAUAAUUUGCUUUUGUGUUUGCUUACUGUUUCGAUUGGCCUCUAAAAGAUAAUGUAUGAUGUAAUUAUAACUCUUUCAUAUAAAUUUCUGCCCUUUAUAUGUCCCUAAGUCAACAUAAAUUGAUUGUUCCUUAUCUUUACAAUAAGAGCUACAAUUAUCUACUAGACUAUACUGAGCACCUACAUUGUCUGGGAUUCAAAUGUCCCUUUAUAUUUGCAAGUUGUAUUUUAAAUUGUGCAUGCUGCAAACAGAUAUAAUACCUGAAAGUAAUUAUGUAACAAUAUAUGUACCUACGCUGUAAUUACAUAACCCUUUUUACAAUGUGUAAUAAUGCCUAAGUAUUGCUGCUAAAAUGGCUAUUCAACCUUGUAGUCCUUUCACCUAUCCACUAAGGUACUGGCAACAAAGACGGGAAGCUAUUCAAUACUAUGUUCUUUAUUCUGUAAACCCAGAGCAAACAGGGUCUAAUUAAAAAGUCCUGUGAGACAUUGCCAUAUCAGCAGUUCAUCAGCACAGAAAGCUGAUACAUAUUUACAUAAUAUCGUUUUAUUUAUAAUAUACUCUUUUUAUUCAUAUCUCACUCAUUUUCAGAUAGUUUGUUUUGAAUAACAUGUUUUGAGUCCUGAAAUCACCUGUAUAAUAUUACUUAACAUGCAACUAUCUGAGCCACAGGCAAAGACUGCCUAUCGUCGUCCUGGGGGAAACCCUGUAUUUCAAAAAAGUUAUUUUUUAAGAACAACGCUUAAUUCAAUUAAUGGGACUUCACAAGGCAUUUUGCGUGACUUGUAUUAGACCUAGAGUCAUGAAACCUUCACAACUUCAGUUUAAUUUAUCUGUAUUUAUUUGUAUUAUUUUACUGCUCUAGGUUGUUAUUAUUUCUUGGAUAACCUUAUCUACUAUUAUGUAUUGAUUUAUUUUUCAUUCACUGCGUAGAACACCGGAGGAAUUGUCACUAAAUUAUCACUGUGAAUCAUUGUAAUGUUUAUGUAUCAAUUAAUCCCAUAAGGGGAUGGGUUGCCAACUGGCAAUUUGAAACAAAAAUAAAAUGUAAUUCAUUCA